AUGGAGACCAUAGACCAUGGAGUGUAUGACUUCUGUUUUCCACAUCUUUUCAAUGUUUCUUGUAUAAAGAUCGCACGUCCUUAUGCUGUAACUCUGCUCAUUUACACCGUGUUAUAUAUUAUAUCAAUGGUGACAACAACUCUGAACCUGCUGGUGGUUAUUUCACUCUCACACUACAAGCAGCUCCGCACACCCACCAACCUCCUCCUCCUCUCUUUGGGCAUCUCAGACCUUUCCGUGGGCCUUCUCAUGUUUUUACAGACUCUCUUUGUAGAUGGAUGUUGGCUGUUCGGUGACACCAUGUGCAUCGUGUAUCAGUACCUGUCGUAUGUGGUCACCUGCGCCUCAAUGGGAACAAUCGUGCUCAUAUCUGUGGAUCGUUACGUUGCCAUUUGCCAGCCUUUACAUUACUACAUGAGAGUAACUGAAUGUAGAGUUAGAUUUUGCAUAUGUCUCUCCUGGCUUUGCACUGUAGUCUAUAGCGCAGUGGUGCUUAGAGAAAAUAUGGAAAAACCAGGCAGCUUCAACACUUGCUCAGGUCAGUGCGUGGCAGCGAUAAAUUACUAUGUAGGAAUCGCAGAUCUUUUUAUAUCUUUUAUCUUCCCCGUUGGUGUCAUCGCUGUUUUGUACACGAGGGUUUUCGCUGUGAUUAUGACCCAGAUUCGUGUCAUGCGCUCCCAGAUCACAGCAGCACAGUCCCAAAGAACAGUAUUUGCAAAUAAAUCUGAACUAAAGGCUGCAAGGACUUUAGGGGUUGUCAUUAUAAUGUUUCUUAUAUGUUUGUGCCCAUAUUACUUUGUAGUGCUCACAGGUCAGGACACUGUACUCGAUGCCUCAAACGCAGCAGCUGUGCUUUAUCUUGUCUAUUUUAACUCCUGCUUAAAUCCCAUUAUAUAUACCUUUUUCUAUUCAUGGUUCAGAAAAUGUCUUAAAAACAUAGCCACACUUCAGAUACUUCAGCCCGGUUCCAGUAAGAGCAACAUAAUGUCCACAGAGAAACAGAGUCUAAAGUGA